CAUCGUAAACGCUAUGGAUACCGUUUGGAUUACCAUGAGAAAAAGAGAAAGAAGGAAAGUCGGGAGGCUUAUGAACGUUCAAAGAAGGCAAAAAAGAUGAUUGGUCUGAAGGCUAAGCUCUAUCAUAAACAGCGCCAUGCUGAGAAAAUACAAAUGAAAAAGACUGUCAAGAUGCAUGAGAUGAGGAACACCAAACAGAAGAAUGAUGACAAGACUCCACAAGGAGCAGUACCUGCCUAUCUGUUGGACAGAGAAGGACAGUCCCUAGCUAAAGUACUUUCCAAUAUGAUUAAACAAAAACGGAAAGAGAAAGCGGGAAAAUGGGAAGUCCCUCUACCCAAAGUUCGAGCCCAGGGAGAAACAGAAGUGUUAAAAGUUAUUCAAACAGGAAAGAGAAAGAAGGCGUGAAAGAGGAUGGUUACAAAAGUUUGCUUUGUUGGAGAUGGCUUUACUAGAAAACCACCUAAAUAUGAAAGAUUCAUUAGGCCAAUGGGCUUACGUUUCAAGAAGGCCCACGUAACAAAUCCUGAACUGAAAGUCACCUUUUGCCUGCCAGUACUCAGUGUAAAGAAGAAUCCCUCAGCCCCACUAUAUACAACUUUGGGUGUUAUCACCAAAGGUACUGUCAUUGAGGUGAACGUGAGUGAGCUGGGCCUUGUGACACAAGGAGGCAAGGUUAUUUGGGGGAAAUAUGCCCAAGUUACCAACAAUCCUGAAAAUGAUGGAUGUAUAAAUGCUGUU